CCCAGCUGCGCGCGCCCAUGAACUAAUUCAUUGUAUCAGACGGAGACGGGAGGAAGCCGAAAGAUUGGAACGCUGCUCAGUUUCGAGAAAUACGGGAAAAAAUACCUCAGCUUGGCACGUCAACUAAAGGAUGGCAGCCAUCCGUAAGAAGCUGGUGAUUGUUGGGGAUGGAGCUUGUGGGAAGACAUGUCUUCUAAUCGUCUUCAGCAAGGACCAGUUCCCCGAGGUCUACGUCCCCACUGUGUUUGAGAACUAUGUUGCCGACAUCGAGGUUGAUUGCAAGCAGGUGGAGUUGGCUCUUUGGGAUACAGCCGGUCAGGAAGACUACGACAGGUUGAGACCUCUCUCCUAUCCAGACACUGAUGUCAUCCUCAUGUGCUUCUCCAUAGACAGCCCUGACAGCUUGGAAAACAUUCCAGAGAAGUGGACCCCGGAGGUCAAACAUUUCUGUCCAAAUGUCCCCAUCAUCCUCGUAGGAAACAAGAAAGACCUGCGUAACGACGAGCACACGCGUCGAGAGCUGGCCAAGAUGAAGCAGGAACCAGUGAAGUCUGAGGAGGGCCGGGACAUGGCCGGACGCAUCGCCGCUUCCGGUUACAUGGAGUGCUCCGCCAAGACCAAGGAAGGCGUGCGGGAGGUUUUCGAGAUGGCCACCAGGGCAGCGCUGCAAGCCCGCCGUGGAAAGAAGAACAAUAAAUGUGCGCUGCUCUAAAAGGCGAACAUCUGUGGACUGUUUUCAGCCCUGGGCCGUUACACCCGGGGACAGGGCUCAGUAGGAACGCAGGGAUUACUAGACGGGGAGGGGGGGUAAGGGGGAGAAAAGAUUGCAGUAAAAUACUACCGCUGUUUGUUGGACUCAAAUUACCCCGGGACCUGGGUUUGGGACGCUUUGAUGGAGAUGGCCGUGCAGGUGGACGCUUGAGGGAGAAGAGAGCACAGUAAGCUACUGCCGCUGUAGACCAGGCCGUUUACCUGUGGGUGCACCGUCGGGUUGGGAGAUUUCCACCAGCUGAGAGUUGGUACGAUCCGUCUUUCCAGCAAGCCACUUACACUGAUUAAGAUCAUUAGAAGAUCCCAGCUCGUAGAAAUCUGGCUGGUUAAUCUGUAUUGUGUCAAGAAAAAGAAAAGCUCGGUUUCUUGUCUUGGGAACUAUUUAACCUGUGACGGUCAUGAGCGUUACUAAAACCAGGACAGCACAUUGAAACUUUUCUUUUUCUUGCUUGUCGGAUGCCGCGAUCACCUGAAAACAACCUCAAAUGUAGACAAUCCACCAGUGAAUGGUAGCUUAAAAAGGGGUUUUUACUAUCUGUUCCACCUCGGGCGAGACACUUUCAUCUACCCUUGUGGCUAAUCUGCUCACAAACACGUUGACAUCUAGUCUUCCCGAGACUAUCUGCUCGAUCAACUGAUAACCAAAAGCGCUCUGAAUGCCAGAGAAACUCCUCGGUGCCGCCUUUUGAUUAAAUUUGAUUGAAUCUAAUUGAAAGCACAGAUCGUUAUCUCCUGUCUGCUGAUUUAGGUUUGAGCUAUACUCACAUGCUGGUUUGUCUACUUUUAGAACGUGAUCGGCCAUCUUUGUUUGCAUGUUCCUAAAUGUUUGUAUCGGUUUGAUGAAGUCAGUGGAAGUGGUGGAUUAAUGUAAAGAUGACAAAGGUAGCUUCCUGCCCUGCAUAUUGAAGCCCGAGCCGCUUCCAUCUCUUUCCUGUUCCGCUUAGCCGACUGCUGGUGCUCCCCUUUGUCUGGUCUUAGACCAGGACGAAGAACCAGGAGGGAUUGUUUACAUGCACACCACUCGUCUCCGUGUUGGGAUCAUCUAUGAAUCUUUUGUGUUUGAGUAUGUAUGAGAUCUAGUUCGUUUUUUGAGUGGGGCCUGCCUACAGCAUACCAUGGUGACAUUUACAUAUUUGAUUGACCAGUGAUGUGAUUUACCAGGUAAAGGGUGAUAAAAGAUGAAAAAUGUAACUUUAUUCUGAGUAAUUUCCAUGGAAACGCCACCAAAAAGGGUGUGUGUGCAGGUAAAUUCUUUGCGGGGGGUGGGGUCACUUCCUGCUUUAAAUUUUGGGGUAUUUGUAAGAUGUUUUAUUAAAGAAAACCAAAACAAGAGGGGUAGUCGUGGUUAGGUUGAUCAGCAGAGUUUUCUGUGUUUCAACGACAGAUUCAGGGUCAUUCGACAGCGGCGUUACACCCUCCUGUUCUUCUUCCUGGCCUAAUGGGCGGAGCCUGUUCCAGAUACCAGUCUUGUGUUGUUUUUUUUUUAAUUUCCAGCUUUUAAAGAAAACAAAGUCAUAAACAUGUCUAUCAGUAUUUAACAGAAAAAUAGAAGGAAAACUAGGGAAUUUAGUCGUGUUGCUUUAGGUUUUUCUUCUUUUGCGCCUUUUAAAAAAAUAUAUAUAGAAAAUUUAUGAUGAUUUACAAUUUUUUGUAAUGAGUCGUCAAUCAUCCCCGCCAAAUGCUGUUGGGCAGUCAGGAGAAGGGCUGGCCUCUUGGCUGCCUGUGUGGAGCAUCGCCAGGGCUGCCAUCGCUGGCUUUUCUCUGUUUGGUUUGGUUUGCACACAAACUACUUAAAAAAUGCAAAAGGAUAAAAAAAAGACGGUUACCUAAUAUACAAAUCAUUUUUUUUAUUUCUAUAUUUUAAUUUUAAAUCCAGAUUUUUGGAUGCUGAAGCAGAAACAAGCAAAGGAACAGGAAAACCACGCUGUAUGCAAAGUCUGUAAAUAUGAAAUGUGGGUUUGUUCAUAAGACGACACACACACACAUGACUGGAAAUUGUAUUUGUAAACUAGCUUUGGUUUGUGUAAUAAAUUACUUUCUAUAACACAAA